AUGGAUGGAGUGAUAGGCAUCGAUGACAACCAAGAUUGGAAGGGGGAGGGAGGAGUCGUAGCCACAUGGUUGUCCAUCACGGUGAUGGCCCCUGGAGUCGGGGGAUUUACGGCGUUUCAUGAUGCCCGCGCCGGCGCACUUAGUCACGGAUGUUACGGAUGGAAGGCUGGACGUGCUCGACAGUUAGGGCUGUUCAUCAGUGGCGCCAGGAACGCCGGUCAAGUGGCCCACAGUGGAACCUUCGGGCUUCGGCGAUAUCAGGACACCACCCAUCAAGUCGACCUCCGGGCAGCUAUUGCUCCUCGAUCUGAACGGGUGACUGGUCACGAUAAGGUGGGAGUAUCUCGGACUCCGGGAGAUGGAGUGACGUUGCCCCUAUCAAUCAUAUUUCCGGUCCAGCUGCACACUAUACUGAGACAUUUUCCUGUUAAGCUUGGAUUCCGGUGUCUUGGCUCAUCAAGCUUCGAAGCCGUAGAAGGAGCUUAUUCCACACCAGAAAAAUAUACCGAAUCAGACAAUACGGGAAUCAUCCCCGAGGCUGUCGUGUUUAACUCUGAUGGCUUCCUUGAUAUUGAAUACGAUGGCUGCCGUGUGCAAGUGCUGCGCCUUCUAGAUUGGCUAACCUCUGAUAUGGGAGCCAAACCCCGCUUUUUGACAGCAUCUCGAGUUGAGGGUAUUCGGAACCACCCGGAAGAGACUUGCUGGUUCCAGCCUCAUCAAGGCCAUCAUUCACUUCAAACGUUGAGCUUUCUCGGCGGUGGAGAAUUGGAUGUAGAAAGUCACGCAGUCGGAGUUGGAUAUACGCGCAUGGCGGGAAGGACUUGA